AAUUAGCAUCGAAAGUGACGGAUUUACUGUGAUCAAAUGGUGAAACGUCUUGAAAUUGAUGCAGGAGUUGGAUAAUAUCGAAUACUGUUAGCGGUUUACGGAAUAUAUCUAGUGAUUUUUCUGGAACAAUCGGAAAAGUAUAACAAAAUCAACGUCGCAGUUUGGCAACUAACUGCCAAUAAUGGGGAAGAAGAAGCAAAUCCCUGAAGAGGACCUAAUCAUUCCACCGCAAAACUCUCAGAUAUGUGGCGUGAUAUGUGUUUGUCAGCUAACCUUCGUGUUGAGCACGGUAGCCAUCGUUUAUCUUACGGUAGCCAUCUACAUGCCAUCGUCACGCGUGAUGAAAAGUGGCAUCGAUGAGACCCCGGUGAUGUGUACGACCACCAAAGCCCUGAACAAGGAUGCAUGCGAAUGGGGUUCCUGCGGAGAAUGGUGUCUCAGCAAGACUUCGGGUGCUUGUAUACAGAUCUUUGUGCAUCUCCGCACCAACGGAAGCAGUUUGACUUUCCAGAAUUGUACCAAUUCCGCCAAUAAAACGUGCUAUGGGAUAGAUCAAGAGAAUGCGAAGAAGGCCCGGUGCAUAGCGGAUGAGUGCAAGAACCUUACGGGAACAUUCAAUUGUACUACUGGAAUGUGCAUAAACAUUACGGAUGCGUUUGAAUGCGUGUUCAAGAAUACGGAUAGUCCAUUGAAAUGCUCAGGGCGAAGAGGCAAAAUUACUUGCAUCGACAUAAAUGGACUAUUCUCAUGCAAUCGCGGAACAUGUCGAAAGAUAAGAACUCCAUACAAUUGCGACCGCCGUUGUGUGGAUAUUCCGACUAGGAAUAAGAAUAUGAUACUAUUGAGUGGAGAUAAAGUUUAUCUUUCGCAAUGUUCAAAUGCGAUUGACUCCGUAACGAAUGCCGAAGUGUGGAAUGAAGGGGACAACAAAGUAAUAAUGGCUUCCUGUUACACCAUUCAAAAUACAAGCAAUGGCAUCCAGGCUACGGAUUGCGUUAAUGGGUCUUUGCUGGAGAAGGAUGAACUUACAGAUCUUACCAACUUCACCUAUCUAAGCUACCUACAUUAUGCUGUAUCCACGCCAAUUAAAACUAUUGCUCCAUUGGAACAAGACUUGACCAUAUCCAACGAAUCCAAGCUAAUGAUCAAUUUGGAAGGCUGCGUCAACACACUUCAGGAUGAGUGCAAAGACUUCCUCAAAGAGUACGGCAAGGACGGCACCGAUCAUAAUGCUCGGGCGCGAUUCCCAUGCUUCUAUUCAACGAACAAACCGGAUAUGGUGGUGGCCCGCUUCGACAUGGAGACUUCGUACAAACAGUUCAUGAUUGGAUUCUUCGUACCAACCAUCUUGUUUGCAGUGUCCUGCUUAACUUUGAUAUUCUGCCAGAAAACGAUCCACAUCGGCGAUGACGCGCGAAUGCGUUUCGUCGGUUGUGCUAACAAGGAUGAGCUGUCUGCUAAUGGCGGUGCCAACAGUAAAGCUAAAGCCAACUCUGGUGAUGGCGGUGGAGGCGGCGACUCGGUUAUGGCUCUCUGAGAUCCAUCACGCAUUCCUCUACUGCAAGAAGACAGUCCAGUUCAUCAAUCAGGUGUAUUUUCACUUCACUGAUUUGCAUCAGAAGUUAAAUUUCAAUUCUUCUACCACUACUUUCGAUCGAACCGAACAAAAAGUCGAUUUGUUUCUCUCGUCUUCUUUGAAUUGAGUGAGCACCGUAUAGUUCUUAGUUUCCCUGAGAAUAAGGAGCGCGACAGUGUUAAGAUUUACUGACAAUAACACACCUUAUCCCUUUCAAAUCCACUUAAGGCACGAAUGCGAAUGUUCGAAUGCGUAACGGCAUUUAAACGCUAACAAACGCAAACGAGAAUAUAAUAUGCGCUGAAGAAUAUCGAGACAGCUGCUCCACCACAUCCAAUGACCAAUAUGAUAAGUUAAUACCAACCCGAAGUGUAUUCCAAGCAUAAUAGAUACCGUUUAUAGUUGUGUUACCUACAGGAAAGAGUCUCUAUUUUGAUACUAAUAUUGUUGAUUAAAGGUAAUGUCCGCUUUUGUGAAACAAAAAAAAAAAACUGCGAUAGCCUGAAGCUAGCAAUGGCUUAAAGAAAUAAAACUGGUGUUUCGUAUUUAGUCAUGUGUAUCGUAUAAACUAUGUUAUUGCGGAAGCUUUCGUUGAAUUAGAUUGGGUUUUAAAAUUUUAUUGAAAAGCAAAGUUGAAAAUCUACACCAAAGUUGAAAGACUCACGUACGUAGUCAAACACAACAGAACUGCAAGAGAAAGGAUCACAAAGCGAAUGCUCAAACACCAGCUUCGUAUAAAGUGUACUAAA